AUGUCCCAAAUCGCCCCCCUCGCCCAACCCAUCACCCUCCAACUAUCCGGAAAAGUCAUCCCCAAUCGACUCUACCGGACGCCACUGAGUGAAUAUGCCUGUACCUAUGAUGAAAACAACCCCGAAAACAGCGGACAGCCUCUUCCUCGAUAUGCAGAGCUAUACCAGGAAUUGGCCAACGGCGGCGCAGGCCUAAUCUGCACCGGCAACAUCCCCAUCCACCGCGACAAUCUAGAAAACUACAACAACGCCGUGCUGGACAUGAAUAACCCAUGGGAUGCGGUGGCUGCAUUUACGCCUGCUGUAAAGGCAGCCAAGUCCAGGGGUGCCAUCUUUCUCCCCCAGCUUCAGUUUCCAGGUCGACAGGUUCCUGAGUUUCUGAAUAAGCACCCCAAGUCGUCUUCGGAUGUGCAGCUGAAGCCGUGUUUGAAUAAAACGUACGGAGUGCCGAGUCCGUUGACGAAAGAGCAGAUUGCAGAGUUGGUUGCGAGGUAUGUUUGGGCUGCAGAGGUGGUGGAUAAGGCUGGUGGUGAUGGGAUUAUCCUGCAUGCAAGCCAUGGGUACAUCAUGAACCAAUUCCUCUCGCCUCUCAUCAACACCCGAACGGAUGAAUACGGAGGUAGUCUGGAAAACAGAGCACGCUUCAUUCUUGAAGUGGUCAAUGCCAUCAAAGCGAAACUGCCUUCUGAUCGGUUCGUGAUUGCUGCGAAGCUCAACUGUCAAGACUUCAUCCAAGGAGGAACAAGCUUCGCCGAGCAAUGCGUCGUCAUCAAAUGGCUCGAAGAAGCAGGCGUCGAUUUCUUCGAUAUUUCAGGGGGGACAUAUGAAUCGCCCGCGUGGAGGGGAAAUAUCAUGACUGAAUUGGCUGCAAGGUCAUCUCAGAAGGAGAGGGGGAGUUACUUUAUCGAGUGGGCGCAGGAGAUGAAGAAGGUGUUGUCUCGGGCUGUUAUUGGGACGACUGGAGGAUGGAGAGAUGCUCGUUGUAUGGCAGAGGCCGUGGGAAGUGGAGAUAUCGACAUGAUUGGAUUGGGGAGGCCAUUGAGGGAGGAUCCAUUCUUUGUUGCGAAGGUGUUGAGGGGGGAUGUGAGGAAGAGUAAUCUAUAG